AUAUGGCAUGGCCAAGUUCUGGUUAUUAAGAACCUAUUCAACAUUCGCCUGUGCAAGAAACUCCAGAGAAAAUCCCACCUCUCUCUCUCUCUCUCUCUCUCUCUCUCUCUCAUCCAUCUCAUUAGCUAACCAGCAGUUGAUGUCAAGCUUCAACUUGGCAAAGAAGCUCCUGCCCGCUAAGAAGGCGUGGAAGAGCCUCACCAAAAAACUACAAUCGAAGCUUCACAAACUCAUCAACAUCUCAAUAUCCGCCAAUAAAACCACCCGAGGCCGUAAACCUCUGCGCUCCAGCCAUAGCGUUCUGAUUCCCCGGUCUUUCACCCGGCACCACUCUCCUCCUGCCUACCACUGCCACCACUCCGGCCACCAAUACCUCCACAAGAACGUGCCGGCUAUUUAUGUGGACGAGCUCUUUGCCCGAGGCGUUAACAAUCCAUCGCAUGCCGAGAAAAUGAUCUACCAAGAUGAGGGGAAAAGUAGUAGUGCCAAACAAAUGGGAGCAACAACCAGUACCGGUAGGGGUGAAAAUAAGGCCGAGGGCAAAAAGGUCCUUUUACUGCCGCAGUGGCGGGGAAUCGACGAGAGGGCAGAGGAGUUUAUUUCCAAGUUUCGCGAGGAUAUGAGGAUGCAGAGGAAGAAAUCUAUCGAUGAUUUCCAUGAAAUGCUGGCUCGGAGUUGUUAGACAAACUUUACAAUCGUUACGGGCCAAAGAUUUAUUUCGUCUCUAAAAUUGAAUUUCGAGUUACAAUUCUACGGCUAGUACGUAGUGCCUCGGGAUGGAAAUUUUAGAAUGGAAAAAAUUGGAUGCCUCUAUUUUGCUAUAUAGAAGUAGAUAAAAGGUUGUGAAAAGAUUAGUGUUAGAGAUUGAUUUUGUUUCUUAGAACUAGUUUUAUUUUUUAUUUUUUCUUUUGUUUGGGGGUGAUUUGCAUGUAAAAAACUAUAGGAAGCGUGCAUGGGAUUAUUUGCUCAUUGGUUUUGUGUUUAGCUAUUGAUGGGGUUUGUUUGCAAGUGUUACUUUAUACAUCGUGAAUUAUAGGUUUCCGAUAAA